ACCAACAAUUCGUCGCUCCGAUAGAAUAUUGAAUUCCUUAAGAACAGUAGCAGAGGAGUCCGAGGAAGACGAAGGAAUCAGUCAGCAAUGGCCAUGGCAGAUUCCCUCUGUUUUCGUGCACUUUUCCAGCUUCUCUUCCUAUCAGGUUUAGUAGUCCAGAUACUCAGCCUUCGAGUCGGGAUCAACUAUGGUCAGAUUGGCGACAAUCUCCCAACUCCUGCACAAGUUGCUGUUCUCCUUGAAUCUAACAGCAUUAGCAAAGUAAAACUAUAUGAUGCUGACCCAAAUGUUCUGCAAGCCUUCUCUGGUUCAAAUGUUGAGUUCAUAGUAGAAGUAGGGAAUAAUUAUCUUCAAAGCAUGACUAAUUCCAACAAUGCUCUAGCUUGGUUGAAACAAUAUGUCCAGCCCUAUAUUGCAAAGACCAAAAUCAACUGUAUCACAGUUGGAAAUGAAGUCUUUGCAAGUAAUGACAGCCAAUUAAUGUCUUAUGUCCUCCCAGCUAUGCAGAACAUCUACAAUGGUCUUGUCUCCCUUGGCCUAAAUGAUCAAAUCAAUGUCUCCUCUGCACAUUCACUAGCCAUCCUAGCCACAUCCUAUCCCCCUUCUUCUGGGACAUUUGAGCAAAGUCUUGCACAAUACAUCCAACCAAUUCUCAGUUUCCAUUCUCAGAUAAAAUCUCCUUUCCUUAUAAAUGCGUAUCCCUAUUUUGCCUAUAAAGCUAGCCCAAGCCAGAUUUCGUUACCGUAUGUUCUUUUUGAGUCUAACUCAGGGGUGACUGAUUCAAAUACAAAUUUGAAGUACGAUAACAUGUUGUAUGCUCAAAUUGAUGCUGUUUAUUCAGCAAUGAAAGUGAUGGGGUAUACUGAUAUUGAAGUUAGAAUAUCUGAGACAGGUUGGCCAUCUAAGGGUGACGCUGAUGAAGCUGGGGCUACCCCAGCGAAUGCACGGCUUUAUAAUGGGAAUUUGUUGCAGAGGAUAGAAGAGAAGCAAGGCACUCCAAUGAAACCGUCGACUCCGAUUGACGUUUAUAUUUUUGCACUAUUUAAUGAGGAUCUUAAACCUGGGCCGACUUCAGAGAGGAACUAUGGGUUGUACUAUCCAAAUUGUACAUCGGUUUAUGAAAUUGAUUUACAGGGUUAUCUCUCACAGAGGACUACAUCUUCAGCUUCCUCUAUCAAGGUGAUAUCUAUUUCAACUUUGCUGAUCUUUUUCACAGCAUUAUUAAUCUCGAUUUGAGAGGACCCUGUAACUUAAACUCAUGGUUUCCUUAAUUUUAAGAGGCAGUCUUAGAGGUGAGCCACUCAAUUUUUCACUUCACCAUAUUAUAAUGGAAAUCUCAAGUGUGACAUGCCAUUGAGUGGGUUGUUUCCAAUAGCUUAAGUAUGAACUGAUCAUUCAAUCGCCACAGUUUGCUUAGGGGAACUGCCUGAUGAGACCCUGCAAGUUGUUAGAAUUUAUAGUACUCAAUAUGAGGACUGCAAGAAUUCUCUCUUCUAUAAUUGUAUUUUGGAAUCUAUGGUUCCAUCGUUGGUCUUAUCCCUGCAUCCAAUCAUGCCGGCGAAUCUUUUCAUAAACGAAAGUCACUUUUGUAUAAGCAGA